AUGAAGAUUUAAAAUACUCUUCUUUAUUAUCCAUCCAUUUUGCUUUGUUCUAUCUUAUGCUCUUAAUUUAAUGAAGACUUAUUAAUUAGUAGUGAGAAUCCAAUGGAAACAACCCUCAUUCCUUAAAUAUAGGGACCGACUCAAUUAGAGUUUUGGAGUUAUUAUGUAACAUAUUUUGAAGUAACUUCAUUUCCUUGGAUUCAAUAAGAACCGGAAAAAGGUAGAUGGAAAUCAUAGCUCCUCUUUUGUAUGAAAAUUAAAGAUGAUCCUAGUGUAUGGGCAUUAAUUUAUAAUACUGUAAUUACAAACUCAUUUGUAAUUCAUACCAUAGAUGUUGAUUCAUAUAUGUAUUAAUUUCAAUAUGAUCCUGGAGAUUAUGAAGGAGUUUGGAAAUUACAUGUCAUUACAUUUGAUUACAAUAUCAUGUUUUAUGAAGCUUAUGGUACUUUAAUGUAUACUAACAUAUUUUUUUUUUAAGUGAAUAAAAAAUUAAUAAAUAUAGAAUGUUAUGUUGGAGGAUCUGGAAUUGUAUUUUUUUAUAUAAUAUUUUAGAUUAAUCAAAGAUAUGAAUUAGCAAUAUUUAGAGGAAGGCUUUCCAAACUUUUCAUUAAUCCCUAUAGAAGAUAUAUUUAAUAAAUAUAUUUCGAAAGAAUCUAUUAGUUAAGAGAAAAAGAAUAUGAAGAAACAAUAAGUUUGAUUCCAGAUUUGUUUAAUUUUGAUGGCAUAAUAUAAAGAGAGUUUGAAUUCUAAUAAUUUGGAAAAAAAUUUAGUAUUUUUGGAUGGGUUAAAUACUUUACCUAUGAUGCAUACCAAUUAAAAAAAUAUUUACUAGUUAGAUUAACUCUUUUCAAAAAUUACUAAGAUGAAAUAAAUGUAGGUGAUGAAAUAGUUAAAAUCACAACAGAUAUAGAUUUAUCAAACAAUUAAAAUUGUGGGUAUGAUGUUAUAUCCCAUCAUUAUUGGAUGCCAUAUCCCAUUUACAUUAAUGAAUAAGUCUUAGAAAAUAAAAUACGUUUAAGGGAGGAUGUACCUUACUUUUAAAUACUAUCCCAAUGGCAUUUCAUCUAAUUUGAAUAUGGAUUAGAUAGAAAAGGUUAAAGAUCAUAAUUUAAAAUAAGUUAUUUUGAUAAUCAAGAUUUAAAAUCUAAAUAAUAUUAUCUUGGAAAUAGUUAAUAUUAUAGUUUAUUUAUAAAUACAAAAUUCUAUGCUUAUUUUGGAGGCGAUUAUACUAUUUAUUAAAAGUUGAAAGGUUAAUUAGCAGGGUUUUAUUUUAAAUCAAAUUAUCCUCAUGAUUUAGAUUUUUACAUUUGUAUCAAAUAUUUAUAUUCUAGUUUGCCAUUAUAGUUGUAAAACUUGCAAUGGUCCGUUAAUUUCAGAUUGUUUAUCUUGUCAUGAUAAUAAUGAACGAGUGUAUUUGGAAGAUAUUCAUUAAUGUGUAUGUCCAAUUGGAUAAUUUGAAAAUAAUUAAUAAUGUUACUCUUAUUCUACCCUAUAUCCAACAUUACAAUAUCGGGAGAUACAAAAGGAAUUCUAAAUUUCUUAAUGCUCAUUCGGAUAUUUUUAUUUGCCAGCAACUUAACAAUGCAUUAAAUGGUAAUAAUUAAAUGAGUAUUUAGCCCACAAUAGAGUUCCUAUAAUUUAUUUUGCAUAGAUUGUUUAUUGAAUCCUUUAAUUUGGUAUAUAAGACCUAUUUGUACUACAGAUUUCAUCACAUAGUAAGUAUCUAUAGAGCAAGAUGCAUAUACUGAAUAAAAGAGAUCUACUCUUCAUUAUGAUCUUUAUUACAUUGACAGAAAUUUUCAGUUAAUAUUAUUGGAUGGAGUUUAUGAUUAUUGUGAUAUUACAAAUAUAUCCAUAUAAGGAUGUAAAGAAUUAGAUGUUUAACAUUUAUAAAGUAAUGCAUUUGGAUUUUGUAAACAAAAUCGAUAUUACAAUAAUUUUAGCUGUAAUUUAUUAGAUAAUGCAUGUAUUGAAAUUAAUUAAGUUGAAUAAAAAUGUCUUGAAUGUUUAAGUGGAUAUUAUAUAUCAGAUGAUGGUACAUCUUGUUUAUCAUGUCCUAAAUCAUGUUAAAAUUGUUAUGGCUUAAACAAAUGCUCAUCUUGUGAUCCAAAUUUUGGAUUAAAAAAUGAAUAAUGUGUUAGAUGUGGAAAUUUUUGUAAAAUUUGCAAAUAUUCAAAUGAAUUUGACAUUAUGUAAUGUCUAAGUUGUAUUGACAAUUAAUUAUAUUAUUAAUCUUUAGAUGCACAAAAUUGCAAAAGAAAUUAAAUAGAAAAUUGUUUAUACGCAUUUGAAAUGUCUCCAUCUUAAUUAUUUCUUAAUUCUUUUGACUAUAAUUUUUCUCCAUAUUAUGAUAUAACAAAUACCCUAUGUGCAAAAUGUAAAGACGGCUACUAUUUUAAUGAUUAUACUAAAAUUUGUUUUAAAGGUGAAUUAGAAAAUUGCUACUAAUUUUAUGAAAAAUAUCAAUUAUUUUAUUUUGAGCAGAUUUGUAUAUUCGGUCCAUAUAAUAAAAAUACUCUUGUUUAUUCAUUUAGUGAUUAAUGCCAGAGUAUCAAAUUACAUUGUAUUGUUUGCUUAAUUGACUAAGAAACUCUAAAGACUGUUGAUUAUACAGUAGUUCGAAAGAUAGCUUCAUACAACUGUCUUGUCUGUGAAAUUGGUUAUUAUGCAGAAAAAUUAACUGGCUAUUGUUAAUUAUGUCCUUCAGAAUUACAUUGUCUAGCUUGUUAUCAAUAGAAUAAAUAUGCUAAAGAUAAUUGGAAAAAUGAGAUUCGUGCCUUUUACCGAACUUACUUUAAUUCAUUUUAAAUCGAGCAUAAAUUUACUGAAUUUGGAUUAAGUUAAGAUAAGACUGAUUAUGAGAUACUUUGUUCAAUAUGUGAAUAAGGGUAUGAAUUUCAUGCAGACAAAUGUAUUAAAGCCUGCCCUGAAUCUUGUUUAGAAUGUUUAGUAGUGAAUUAUGUAAAUGUUUGUGUUAAAUGUCCUGAAGGUUUAAAAGGAAGGAAUCGUAGCUUAAUAGAUAAUCAAUGUAUUGAAUGCCCACAAAAUUGUUAAUUGUGUAAAAAAAGAGAUGAUAGUGAAGUAUCCUCCAAUCAAUUUUAUAUCUUUCUAUUAUUGUAUAUUAUAUCAACAUUUCAAAAUAUGUAAUAAAUUAACUGUAAGUUCUAUUAAUCCACUUUUUAAUAAUAUGCAAUUUUAAUUUUACUCGUAUUAUUGUAUAUCUGGUUUUAGCGGAUAUUUANCCUAAAUCAUGUUAAAAUUGUUAUGGCUUAAACAAAUGCUCAUCUUGUGAUCCAAAUUUUGGAUUAAAAAAUGAAUAAUGUGUUAGAUGUGGAAAUUUUUGUAAAAUUUGCAAAUAUUCAAAUGAAUUUGACAUUAUGUAAUGUCUAAGUUGUAUUGACAAUUAAUUAUAUUAUUAAUCUUUAGAUGCACAAAAUUGCAAAAGAAAUUAAAUAGAAAAUUGUUUAUACGCAUUUGAAAUGUCUCCAUCUUAAUUAUUUCUUAAUUCUUUUGACUAUAAUUUUUCUCCAUAUUAUGAUAUAACAAAUACCCUAUGUGCAAAAUGUAAAGACGGCUACUAUUUUAAUGAUUAUACUAAAAUUUGUUUUAAAGGUGAAUUAGAAAAUUGCUACUAAUUUUAUGAAAAAUAUCAAUUAUUUUAUUUUGAGCAGAUUUGUAUAUUCGGUCCAUAUAAUAAAAAUACUCUUGUUUAUUCAUUUAGUGAUUAAUGCCAGAGUAUCAAAUUACAUUGUAUUGUUUGCUUAAUUGACUAAGAAACUCUAAAGACUGUUGAUUAUACAGUAGUUCGAAAGAUAGCUUCAUACAACUGUCUUGUCUGUGAAAUUGGUUAUUAUGCAGAAAAAUUAACUGGCUAUUGUUAAUUAUGUCCUUCAGAAUUACAUUGUCUAGCUUGUUAUCAAUAGAAUAAAUAUGCUAAAGAUAAUUGGAAAAAUGAGAUUCGUGCCUUUUACCGAACUUACUUUAAUUCAUUUUAAAUCGAGCAUAAAUUUACUGAAUUUGGAUUAAGUUAAGAUAAGACUGAUUAUGAGAUACUUUGUUCAAUAUGUGAAUAAGGGUAUGAAUUUCAUGCAGACAAAUGUAUUAAAGCCUGCCCUGAAUCUUGUUUAGAAUGUUUAGUAGUGAAUUAUGUAAAUGUUUGUGUUAAAUGUCCUGAAGGUUUAAAAGGAAGGAAUCGUAGCUUAAUAGAUAAUCAAUGUAUUGAAUGCCCACAAAAUUGUUAAUUGUGUAAAAAAAGAGAUGAUAGUGAAGUAUCCUCCAAUCAAUUUUAUAUCUUUCUAUUAUUGUAUAUUAUAUCAACAUUUCAAAAUAUGUAAUAAAUUAACUGUAAGUUCUAUUAAUCCACUUUUUAAUAAUAUGCAAUUUUAAUUUUACUCGUAUUAUUGUAUAUCUGGUUUUAGCGGAUAUUUAGAUGAAGAAUUAGGAUAAUAUUUAGAUUGUUAAGAUGGUCCAUGCUUAAAAUAAAUUGUAAUCAAUUUGAAUUUAUUUUGUAAUUCUGAUGAUUAUUAUCAAUAAUUGGAUUAGUUGUAAAGCGAAGAAGAUAGAAUAAGAUUUACACAGGAAAAUAUUUUAAGUGAUCAAUUAUUUUCCUCCUCUAGCUUUACAUAAGUAAAAAAUCAUUUAAACAAUUUAGUUUGAAACAAAAGAGUUUUAUUAGUUAGCUAAUGAAAAAUCAAUUAAACAAAUAUUAAUAAAGAUAUUUAGUCAACAAAGUUAAAUAUGUUAUGUUAAUAAUUUAUAACAGAUUUCAUAGAAUUUUAGUUCAAAUAUUUUUUCAGCAAUGUAUUAUUAAUUAUUAUGUAAAUUAGAGAUAUAGAACUUGAAAUUUAUGGUUAUGGAAUUACAGCAUUUAAAUAUUAAAAAUAACUAUUAUUUAUAAAUUUCAAAAGAGUACAUAUUGAAGGAGUAUAAAUUGAAAUAGAAUAUUAUUCAUUCGGACCAAAUUUAUUAAACUUUACAAGUGUUUUUGAAUAGACUAUUGAAUUGGUUGAUUUGAUAUAUUUACAAGAUUUUGAAUUGAUUACUUUUUAUGUUAUAAUGGAAAAUGCUAAGAAUGUUUUAAUACAUAAUUUCUUUUUAAAAGAUUGCAGAAGACAAUUUCCUAUUGAAGCUUUUUUAAAGAUUAAAUAAAUAUAAUCUUAAUAGACAAUUAAAAUAUUAAAUUUUUUUAUUCAAGAUAGCUAGUUUAUGAAUGUAAAUUUAUUUUAGUUUGAUCUCAAAGAAAAUGAUCAAGUAGAAAUACUAGACUUAAGGAUUGAAACAACAAUUUUCAAUCAAGCUUUAAUAUAUUAAACUAAGGGUUCAUUAUUAAUCAAUUAAAUAAGAAUUGAUUCUUGUGAAAUAUCAUCAGAAAAUGGCUUAUUUGAAAUUAGUUAAUUAAAAUAUUUUGAAUUAAAAUCCUUAGAUUUCAAAUCAAAUUUGAUUAAUUAAGGAAAAAUAUUGAAUCUUAAUAAUUAUUCAAUUUUGAAGAAAUUAAAUUUUGAAAGAAAUCAACUUUAUAAAAAUUCGUUACUAUUAUCUAAUUAAAAGGUUGAUAUUGUAUAUAUAUUAUUGGAGAAUAUUGCAUUCUAGUUAAACAUGCAUAGUGAAGAAGCUGCAUUUAUGAAAAUAACUCCAAUUAUGCAAUAAAAUUAGGAAAUAAUUAUUAAUUAAUUGUCAAUACUUGAAAAUACAUUAUUUUCAAAGCAUGAUCUAAUUAACUUUAAUAUUAUAGAUAUAGGUUUAGUCUAUUUGGAAAUAUUGUAUGUGAAAAUUGACCAAUUGAUCAUCAAGAAGGCUUAUGGUAUACCUGAUUUAGUUGUUGUAAAUGCUUAUCAUUUUAAUUUAAGUUAAAUAUAAAUAUCAUAACAUGAUAAUUAUAAAUUUAAAGGACUUUAUCAGAAUUUUGAUUGCUUUUUUAAUUCUAUUUCGGAUUAAUAUGAUAAUCUUUUAAUGAAAAUUUAGGAUGUACCAGUGAUUGAUAUAAAAUAAUUAGUGAUUUCAUCAGCAUACUCUAUUGAUUAUCCGAUAAUUGAAAUAAAAACUUUUGUAUUAACCAAAAUAACAGAAAAAAUUAUUAAUUUAUCUGAAAUACAAUUUAGUCAAAAUCUGCUAAUAGUUACUAAUAAAAUAAGUUUAGCUUCACUAUUGAAAAUUUCAUCUGAAGAAAAUUAUCAAAUAGAGAUAACAAAUUCAAUUUUUGAAAGAAAUAUCAUGCAUCAAUAUAUUUAUAUGGAUUAGAUUAAUACAGGUUUAAUUUUGUUUUUAAAUUGCAAAUCUUGUAGCUUAUUCCUUAAUAACCUAAUAGUUUAAAGUAAUAAUGUUAUAAAUUCAUCUAAUAGCAUUUUUUUUAUUUAAACCAAAAAUAUAGAAAUAGAAAAUUGCACUUUUAUGUAAAAUAGCUUAUUUGAUUAUUCAAUUUUAUAACCUCAUCUAUAUUGGGGUUAUUAGUAACAUCAAAAAAUUUUUAUUGAAUAAAUCUAAGAUCAUUUUUUUAUAAAAUCAAAAACUGGAAAUGGAAAAAUUGUCUGCUAACAAAUAAAUAUAAAGAAUCUCACUAUUACUAAUUCCACAGGUUCAGGAUUUUUAAUUUACAUAGAAAAAGAAGCUUCUAUAUUAAUCUAAGAUAUCUUCAUCAGUUUGAUAAGUUCUUUAUUUUUAGAUGAAGAUGAGAAUGGAGGGGCCUUUUUUAUAGAUGCAUCAAUAUCUGUUUCUUCAAUAAUAAUUUUAAAAAAUAUACAUGCAUCUGAUAUUCAUUUAAGAAAUAAGGGUGGCUUGCUCUAUAUUUAAAAUUUAUUAGAAACCUCUACUAUCUAAUUAUUAGAUAUUUACAUUAAUGAUGUUUAUUCUUUAAAAGGAUCUAUAUUUUAUGUUGAAUUUUCAUCAUAAGUAAAAUCAAAACAAUAAUUUAUUCUUGAUAAUUUGAUCGCAAAAAAUACGAUGUAGAGUUUUUUAAGAUUUAUGGGUAGAUUUAUUUAAGUAAAUGACUAAUUAUUAUCUGAAUUAAAAAUUGGGAGAUGCUUGUUUCAAGUUAUAUAUGGAAAAUUUGUGAGUAUGAGAUAAUUAGUUAUUUAGUCAUUUUAUUACGAGUCAUUUGCCAUUUUCACAUAAAUAUUGAGUGUUGAAAUAAUAAAUUGUAGAAUAUCAAAUUCAACAAUAUAAAAUUCAUUAAUUUCCUUUGAUUAAAUACAGAGAAAUUCUAUUGUAAGAAUUGUUGAUUUUUCAGUUAUUAAUACAUAAAUUUUGGAUCAAAUACUUAUUUAGGAAAAAUGUACUCCGUUAUAAUAAACUAUUGGAAUAUAAGAACAACAAAUAUGUUCAAAAGAUAUUAAUCUUUAGGAGUCCCCUCUUAUUUUGGAACAUAAUUAAAUCUAAGAUUAUUUAUUAUAAAGUUAUUGUUUUAUUAAUAAAAUUAAUUUACAAAAAUAACAAAUAUCCAGCCUUUUAGAUUUAAAUCCAUAAUUAUCUAAGUUAUAAUUUUCAAAAUUAGAUUUAAAAAAUAUUGAUUGCAAAAUUUGUAAAAAAGGAAUGCUUUACUUUAAUAUUUAGGAUAAUUACAGCAAAAUAACGAUGAAUUAAAUUCGUAUUUAGGAAAAUUAAUGUGGUUAAUAAAGUUGCUUGAAUAUCAUUAAAUCUACUCAAAAAUCAAGAAUUUUGUAGACCUUAUUAUAGAAUAGUAUUGAAAAAGAUUUUGACUUUAGAUUACAACAAUUUAUAUGCAUCAAAAACUAUGCUUACAAAGGUACUUGUAUUUAAAUUUAGGAUAUUGCAACUUUGAUUGAAGAUUCUCUUUUUAAAAAUAAUACAGCUGAAUCCCAAGGGGGAUCGAUUUAUGUUGGGGGGAAUGCGAGUUUUUUUAUUUUGAACUCUGUUAUUAGUCAUAACCUAGCUUAAAUUGGAGGAGGUAUGUAUCUAAAAGAUUAGAUAAGUUAAAAUUUAAUUUAAUAAGGAACUUUAGUCUAUGAUAAUUUUGGAAUUUAAUAUGGAAACAAUUUAGCAUAACUUCCAUCUUAAUUAUCAGUUUCGAUUGAUUUAUAAAAUAUUUUGCCUAAAAUCAAAAUUGUAGAGAAUAAUAAUAUUCUAAUUGAAUAGGUUCAUAUAGGACAAUAUUAACUUUUUCAUAAGACUUAUACUGAUUUAUUGUUAGUACCAAAUGGUUAAAAAUUGUCUGAAUAUUAAUUUUUUGAUUGGAAGAAAUAAGAAUAUAUCAAGUAUAAUUUUCAUUUAAGAUUAAUUCCUAAAGAUUUUUUAAAUUAUAAUUAAGAAAAUUUAGAGAAUACUUAAUGCCAAAUAAGUAGUAGGAUACUCAAUGAAGAUAAAGAUACAAAUUUUACAUAAAAUUUUACUAAUUACAAUUUAGUUACUUUUUAUAAAUAUGAUUAUAAUUUUGAUGAUAUAAUUUUUUAUUUAUAUGAUAAAUUGAAUCUUACAUUAUAACUAUAAUUUCAUUGUGAUUCUAUUUACAUACCCAUANAUUCUCCACAAUUACUUUUAAAUAAAUAAACCCAAGAAAAUUUAUACAAUAGUUAUUGUAUUAUCAAUUAAAUGAAUCAACAACAAUAAUAAAUUUUAAGCCUGAUAGAUAUUAAUUUGCAAAUAACAUUUUUAUAAGUAUCUGAACUUUAUUUAAAAAACAUAAAUUGCGAAAGCUGUAAAAAUGGGUUACUAAAUAUCAAUGUUGUGGAUAAUUUUAGCAAAAUUAUUAUGAAUUCAAUUAUCUUUUAAGAUAAUUUAUGUGGAGAAUAAAGUUGUUUGAAUGUUAUAAAAUCUGUAUCAAAAUCUAGAAUGUUAGAAUCCUUAAUCUAAAAUAUCAAAGAAAAGUAAUAUGACUUAAGAUUAGUAAACUAUAAAUGUUUAAAAAACUUUGCUUAAAAAGGUACUUGUCUUUACAUUCAAGAUGUCAAAACUUUAAUAGAAGAUUCUAUUUUCCAAAAUAAUACUGCUAAAGCAUAAGGAGGUUCAAUGUAUAUCAAUGGAUCUGAGAAUUUUUUUGUAUUGAACUCUGCAAUUUAAUAUAACAGAGCAGAAUUAGGUGGAGGAAUAUUUCUAAAGGAUUAAAUUAUUUAAAAUCUAAAUAAAUAAGGAACAUUAAUUGAUGAAAAUGUAGCAUAAUAAUUUGGUCAAGAUUUUGCUUAACUUCCCUCUUAAUUGUCUGUCUCAAUUGAUCUAGAAAAUAAAUUAUCUAAAGUAAAAAUCAUAGAGUAAGAAAAUAUUCUGAUAGAAGAAGUUAUUAUUGGAAAUUAUGAAUUAUUUAAAAAACACUAUUCUGAUGUAUUGUAUGUUCCAAAUGGAUAAGUAUUUUCUUAAUAUUAAUUUUUUGAUUACAAGAAUUAGGAAUAUACUAAAUAUCCUUUCCAUUUAAGGUUAAUCCCAUUAGAUUAAUUUAAUAAUGUUUAAGAAAAUUUAUUCAAUACUUAAUGUGAAAUAAGUGGAAGGAUACUUACAGACAAAGAAGAUUCAAUAUUUACUUAGGAUUUUACAAGUUUUGAUUAAGUCAUGUUUAAUUAAUCCGAUUAUAAUUUUGAUGAUAUCAUCUUUUACUUUGAUUUUGAUGAUAAAUUGAAUCUUACAUUAUAAUUAUAAUUUCAUUGUAAUUCCAUAUUUACCCCAAUUUAUGGUAAAAAUUAAGAAAUUUUAGGAUAUCAUAAUAACUAUUUUUUAAGAAUGAAUAUAAAAUCAUUACCUUGUUAAUUAGGUGAAAUUAAAAGUGUCUAUGAUGAUUCAUGUAUUCCUUGUAAUGCAACUUAAGGAUUGUAUUCAUUAACUAUUAAUUCUUUGAAUUGUUCUUAAAAGGAUGAUUUUUCAACAAGUGAAAUAAAAUCAGCAUAAUUAAAACUUAAACCAGGAUUUUGGAGACCUUAUUAUGAUAGUGAUUAUAUAAGUUAAUGUAUCAAUUUACUUGAUAAUUGUAAUGGUGGAUGGAUAGAAGGUGAUACAUCAUGUUAUUAAGGACAUAUUGGAGCAUUAUGUGAAGAAUGUGAUAUACACAAUUACAGAGGAUUUGGGCACUUUUCAACUAGUGCCAAAUAUACUUGUGGAUCUUGUGUUGAUAAUAAUUAAAAUAUUGCUGCUAUAACUGCAAUCAGCUUAUGGUAUAGUAUAAUAAUAACAUUUAUAGGACAUUAUUUUCAAUAUUUAUUUCUGUCAAGAGUAAUGUGUCAUUAAAUGAAAAAAUAAUUUUGAAAAAAAUAAUCUCAAUAAUAACUUAGACAAAACUUUAAUAUCAUUCUAAUUUCGGCAUCUUAGUAAAAAUGACAACUCAUCAUUUACAAAUUGUCUCUGUCAUUUUCACUUUUAAAUUUAAAUAAAUUAUAGAGGUGGGCAAUUUUAUUAAUUCAGUUAGCAAUCCAAUUCAAACAAUGACUCAUUCCCUUGAUUGUUUAUUAAAAGAUAUGUUUGAUAUUCAAAUUCAUUACUCAAGAAUAAUAUGGUAAUUAAUAAUGCCUUUUAUUUACAUCAUUUGUUUUUUCAGUUUUUAUGGAUUCAUUUUAAUAUUGAAGAAGCUUUAAUAUAGUGUAAAUGUUAUAACUACAACAUUAAUCUAUAUGUACAUAUAUGUUUAACCUUUUAUGGUGGGAGGACUGAUUUCAUUGAUAUCAUUUAGGUAAAUAUCUGGGUUCUAUUGGAUUUAAGCUAAUGUUGCUCAUAGAUAUGAUACAAAAACCCAUUACUCAUGGUUAUUUAAGUUUUGUAUGCCACUAUUAAUUAUAAUUUCUUUAAUUCUUCCCUUAUAUUUCUUAAUAUCUUUGUAUCUAAAUAAAUAAAAAUUCAAUAAAAAUAAAACAAGAUAAAAAUGGGGAUACUUAUACAAUGAAUAUAAAUUAGAAGCUUAUUACUGGGAAAUUAUAAAAAUUCUUAUAAAAUAGUUUCUUAUUAUUUUCCUCUCAUAUUAUUAAGAAUUUAUAGUGAAGAAAGGAAUACUUUUGUUAUCCUUAGUAUUUCUAUAUUAUGAACUAAGUAAAAAAUAUCGACCUUAUUCAUCAUUCAUACUCAAUAAGCUAGACGCUUAUUCAGCAAAAGUAUGUGGAAUAUCUAUUGCUGUUGGAAUUGGAAUAUUUACAGAUUAUGAAAAUGGGUCAUAUGAAAUUUAGAUACCCUAUUAUAUUAUUCUUGUUACUUUUAAUUUACAAUAUUUUAAAGAAGUCUUAAAGGAAAUAUUAUCUUCAUUUUAAAUAGAAAAUUAUGAAUUGUUUGAUUCAAUUAAAAAAUAUAUCAUCACUAAACUACCAAAAAUAUAAAAAUAUACUAUAUUCAAAAAAUUGCUAUAAGAUAGUAGUGUAUAAAAAAAUAGAAUUAAACAUAGAUAUCUUAAAAUUAAGAAAUACUUAAUGGCUUAAGCAAAAAAUAAUAUAACAAGCAGAUCUCAAAAUAAUGUAAAAAUAAUAUCAAGUAUAUCCUUGUAGUCCAAUGCCAAUUAAUAUGCAAAAUAAAGCGACCUUUGA